AUGCAUCUUAGACAAAAUAUCAAGCUAUUGUGCUUAGUUUACCAAUUAUUUUUUUAUUCCAGCUGCUUAAAAUUCUACAAUCAACCCAAGCAUUACUCCUCAUUUAUAAACAGAUCUAUUUUAACUAGAAGGCAUAAACUUUUUAACUUAUUUUCACAAACAGAACCAGAAAUGUCAAAGAGACCACGUGUGUAUUUCGAUUUAACCGUCGGCGGAGUUAAGGCAGGACGCGUCGUUUUCGAAUUGUUUAGCGACGUUGUACCUAAAACUGCCGAGAACUUUAGGGCUUUGUGCACUGGAGAAAAGAGCACUCCAGGAAACACACUCCACUACAAGGGCUCAACAUUUCACCGCGUGAUCCCGAAUUUUAUGUGCCAAGGAGGUGAUUUCACACACCAUAACGGCACUGGAGGGAGGAGCAUAUACGGGCUUAAGUUUAACGAUGAAAACUUCAACCUGAAGCAUGACAGGCCAUUUCUGUUGUCCAUGGCGAACGCAGGACCCAAUACCAAUGGCUCCCAGUUCUUCGUAACCACAGUGGUAACCCAGUGGUUGGAUGGAAAGCACGUCGUUUUCGGCGAGGUGGUUGAAGGAAAAGAUGUGGUCAAGGCAGUUGAAGCCGUUGGAACUCAAAGCGGAAAACCAACAAAAACUGUAGUUGUUGAGGACUGUGGAGAAUUAUUGUGA